AGCGCCGCGCUGCGGUUGCUUCGCGACGGAAUUUGAUUGGGCGUGCAACCCGUCCCAAACCACUACGCUGCGAUUGUCGGCGCAUGCGUGAAAGGCGGGCAAUGGCAACGCGCGUUGUCAGUGCUCAGUGAGACGCGGGAGGCGAAGCUGGAGCCCGAUGUCAUCAUCAGCUACAACGCCAGGAUCAGCGCGUGCGAGAAGGGCGAGCAGUGGCGGCGGGCGCGCCCUGGCGUUGUUGAGCGAGAUGCGGGAGGCGAAGCUGGGGCGCAACGUCAUCAGCAACGGCGCUGGGAUCAGCGCCCGCAAGAAGGGCGAGCAGUGGCAGCGGGUGCUGGAGUUGUUGAGCGAGAUGCGGGAGGCGAAGCUGGAGCCCGACGUCAUCAGCUACAACGCUGGGAUCAGCGCGCGCGAGAAGGGCGAGCAGUGGCAGCGGGCGCUGGCGCUGCUGAGCGAGAUGCGGGAGGCGAAGCUGGAGCCCGACGUCAUCACCCACAACGCUGGGAUCAGCGCGCGCGCGAGAAGGGCGAGCAGUGGCAGCUGGGCCUGACGCUGCUGAGCGAGAUGCGGGAGGCAAAGUUGGAGUCCUCUGUCUUCGCCCCACUUGCGCUGUCCGCGUUGUGGCCCGACCAAGUCUUCCGCUUAGCGACUUCUUAGACGGCGCCCAGCUGCUU